GGAGCCUGGAGGACUAGCGAGGAGGAGUUGAGAGAACGGAGCGGACGCCAUGGCGACCAACAUCGAGCAGAUUUUUAGGUCUUUCGUGGUCAGUAAAUUCCGGGAAAUUCAACAGGAGCUUUCAAGUGGAAGGAAUGAAGGCCAAGUGAAUGGUGAAACCAGUACACCUAUUGAAGGAAACCAAGCAGGUGAUUCAGCUGCUUCUGCCAGGAGCCUACCAAAUGAAGAGAUAGUGCAAAAAAUAGAGGAAGUACUUUCUGGAGUUUUAGAUACAGAACUACGAUAUAAACCAGAUUUGAAGGAGGCCUCCAGGAAAAGUAGAUGUGUGUCUGUACAAACAGAUCCUACUGAUGAAAUUCCUGCCAAAAAGUCAAAGAAGCAUAAAAAGCACAAAAAUAAAAAGAAGAAAAAGAAGAAAGAAAAGGAGAAAAAAUAUAAAAGACAACCAGAAGAAUCUGAGUCAAAGCCGAAAUCUCAUCAUGAUGGGAACAUAGAUGUAGAAUCUGAUUCCUAUUUGAAGUUUGAUUCUGAACCUACGGUGAUGGCACUGGAGCAUCCUGUAAGAGUGUUUGGCUUAUCUGAGACCAGUGAUUCCCCUGUAGUUAUGUUUGAAUCUCCUAUAAUAUCAAUGGAGGUAUCAGAACAACAAAACUUAGAAACUCUGAAGCCAGCUACAAAAACUGCAGAACUGUCUGUUGCAUCUACAUCAGUAAUUGCAGAGCAGCCAGCGCAUUCUGUGGCAGUAACGCUGGAACCAUCCAUGACAAAGAUUCUGGAUACCUUUGCCACGGCACCAGUGCCUACUACAACACUAGGGCUGAAGUCGUCUGAGCCAGUUGUAUCAAUGUCAGUGGAGUAUCAAAUGAAGUCUGUGCUGAAACCAUUGGAAAGCACAUCUCCAGAGUCAUCAAAGAUCAUGUUGGGAGAGCUUCCACUAGCAAAAGUGCCAGAGCCCACAGAAACCCUUGUAGAAUCCUCAGAGACACCUACUGAGGUGCACCCUGAGCCAAGCACAUCAACAACCAUGGAUUUUCCCGAGUCAUCUGCACCUGACAUGUUAAGAUUGACAGAGCAGCCUGUAGAAGCACCACUGGAGAUUGCAGAUUCAUCUGUGACAAGACCACAGGAGUUGCUGGAGCUGCCUAAGACAACAGCAUUGGAGCUGCCGGAGUCGUCGGUGGCCUCAGUGAUGGAAUUGCCGGGGCCACCUGCGACCUCCAUGCCGGAGUUGCAGGGGCCCCCCGUGACUCCAGUGCUGGAGUUACCUGGGCCCUCUGCUACCCCGGUGCCUGAGUUGCCAGGGCCCCCUUUUACCCCAGUGCCUGAGUUGAUGGGGCCCCAAGCGACUGUAGUGUCUGAGUUGCCGGGGCCCUCUGUGACACCAGUGCCACAGUUGCUGCAGGAAUUGCCAGGGCUCCCAGCAUCAUCUGUGGGGUUGGAGCCACCACAGGAGGUGCCAGAGCCACCUGUGAUGGCACAGGAGUUGCCAGGGCUGCCUGUGGUGACAGCGGCAGUAGAGUUACCAGGGCAGCCUGUGGUAACAGUAGCAAUGGAGGUGACCGAACAACCUGUGACGACGUCAGAGUUGGAGCACCCUGUGGGGAUGACAACGGUGGAACAUCCUGGACAGCCUGAGGUGACAACUGCAACAGGGUUGCUGGGGCAGCCUGAGGCAGCAAUGGUGCUGGAGUUGCCAGGACAGCCAGUGGCAACAACAGCGCUGGAGUUGCCUGGGCAGCCUUCGGUGACUGGGGUGCCAGAGUUGCCAGGGCUGCCUUCGGCAACUAGGGCACUGGAGUUGUCAGGGCAGCCUGUGGCAACUGGGGCACUAGAGUUGUCUGGGCAGCUCAUGGCAUCUGGGGCACUGGAGUUCUCGGGGCAGCCUGGGGCAGCUGGAGCACUGGAGCUGUUGGGGCAGCCUCUGGCAACAGGGGUGCUGGAGUUGCCUGGGCAACCUGGGGCGCCAGAGUUGCCCGGGCAGCCUGUGGCAACUGUGGCGCUGGAGAUUUCUGUCCAGUCUGUGGUGACAACAUCGGAGCUGUCAACGAUGACCGUGUCGCAGUCCUUGGAGGUGCCCUCGACGACAGCGCUGGAAUCCUAUAAUACGGUAGCACAGGAGCUGCCUACUACAUUAGUGGGGGAGACUUCUGUAACAGUAGGAGUGGACCCCUUGAUGGCCCAAGAAACCCAUAUGUUAGCUUCUAACACUAUGGAGACCCAUAUGUUAGCGUCCAACACUAUGGACUCCCAGAUGCUAGCAUCCAACACCAUGGACUCCCAGAUGCUAGCGUCCAACACCAUGGACUCCCAGAUGUUAGCAACUAGCACCAUGGAUUCCCAGAUGUUAGCAACUAGCUCCAUGGACUCCCAGAUGUUAGCAACUAGCUCCAUGGACUCCCAGAUGUUAGCGACCAGCACCAUGGACUCCCAGAUGUUAGCGACCAGCUCCAUGGACUCCCAGAUGCUAGCGACCAGCUCCAUGGACUCCCAGAUGCUAGCGACCAGCUCCAUGGACUCCCAGAUGCUAGCGACCAGCUCCAUGGACUCCCAGAUGCUAGCGACUAGCUCUAUGGACUCCCAGAUGUUAGCGACCAGCACCAUGGAUUCUCAGAUGUUAGCUACUAGUUCUAUGGAUUCCCAGAUGUUAGCAACUGGCACUAUGGACUCUCAAAUGUUAGCUUCUGGCACCAUGGAUGCCCAAAUGUUAGCAUCUGGUACCAUGGAUGCCCAAAUGUUAGCAACUAGUACCCAAGAUUCUGCUAUGUUGGAUUCAAAAUCUCCUGAUCCCUAUAGGUUAGCUCAGGAUCCUUAUAGAUUAGCCCAAGAUCCCUACAGGUUAGGUCAUGACCCUUACAGGUUAGGUCAUGAUGCCUACAGAUUAGGUCAGGACCCUUAUAGAUUAGGCCAUGAUCCCUAUAGACUAACUCCAGAUCCCUAUAGGAUGUCACCUAGACCCUAUAGGAUAGCACCAAGGUCCUAUAGAAUAGCACCCAGGCCAUAUAGGUUAGCUCCUAGACCCCUGAUGUUAGCAUCUAGACGUUCUAUGAUGAUGUCGUAUGCUGCAGAACGUUCCAUGAUGUCAUCUUAUGAACGCUCUAUGAUGUCAUAUGAGCGGUCUAUGAUGUCCCCUAUGGCUGAGCGCUCUAUGAUGUCAGCUUAUGAGCGCUCUAUGAUGUCAGCCUAUGAGCGCUCUAUGAUGUCCCCUAUGGCUGAACGCUCUAUGAUGUCAGCUUACGAACGCUCUAUGAUGUCAGCUUAUGAACGUUCCAUGAUGACUGACCGAUCUAUGAUGUCCAUGGGUGCUGACCGGUCUAUGAUGUCUUCAUACUCUGCUGCUGACCGGUCCAUGAUGUCAUCAUACUCUGCAGCUGACCGGUCUAUGAUGUCAUCUUACACUGCUGAUCGUUCAAUGAUGUCUAUGGCAGCUGAUUCUUACACUGAUUCUUACACUGAUACAUACACGGAGGCAUAUAUGGUGCCACCUUUGCCUCCUGAAGAGCCCCCUACCAUGCCACCAUUGCCACCUGAGGAGCCACCAUUGACACCACCAUUACCUCCUGAGGAACCACCGGAGGGUCCUGCAUUACCCACUGAGCAGUCAGCGUUAACAGCUGAAAAUACAUGGCCUACUGAAGUGCCAACAUUGCCUCCUGAGGACUCGGUAUCACUGCCUGAACCCCCUGUGAGUCAAAGUGAGAUUUCAGAACCUUUGGCAGUUCCUGCUAAUUAUUCAGUGUCAACAGCGGAGCCCUCAGUGUUAGCAGCAGAGGCUCUUGUGACUGUUCCAGAACCGCCACCAGAGCCAGAGUCAUCAGUUACAUCAACACCUGUACAGUCUGCUAUAGUAGAACAUGAAAUGAUUCUAGAGACACCUGUGACUUGUAUGGUGUCCGAAACUCACAUAAUGUCAGCUGAACCACCUUUGUUAGCAUCAGACCCCCCUCCUGUUGUGUCAGAGACGGCAGAAACCUUGGGGUCUAUGGGCACUUCAGGACAUGCUGUUUCAGAAGUAUCUAUGCCUGUCUUUGAGCCAGCUGUAACUAUUCCAGAGUCAGCCCAGACCACUCCAGAGUCACCAGCAGUGGCAGUUCCAGAAUUGCCAGCCAUGGCUGUCACAGAGUCUGUGGCGGUGGCUGUCCCGCAGCCGCUGGCGGUGGCUGUCCCGCAGCCGCUGGCUGUUCCGGAAGUUCUAGUGGUAGCUGUCUCAGAGCCACCGACUAUGACUGAGACUGAGCAUCUUACUGUUCCUGUGCCAGUGGUUUCUGCCCUGGAACCUACUGUGCCUAUGGUGGAACCAGCAGUGUCGGUCCUUCAACCUGCCAUGAUUGUUUCAGAGCCAUCUGUUUCUGUUCAAGAAUCUACUCUGGCAGUUUCAGAGCCUGCUGUCACUGUCUCAGAACAGACUCAAGUAAUAUCAACUAAAUUGGUAUUGGAGACUACAUCAAUGAUACUGGAGUCUAGUGUUUUGUCCUCAACACAUAUUAUAAAGGGAAUGAAUUUAAUAUCUGGUGGUUCUAAUCUUGCUCCAGAUGUUGGCAUGCAGGAGAUUACUAUGUAUUCAGGUGAAGAAUCACAUGCUGAAGGACACCUUAAGAGUGACUCCUAUGGGACUGAACAUGGAAUGAGUAUAGACUUUAACAUGAAUAAUCAUUUGAUUGCUAAAGAAAUGGAACUUAAUACAAUGUCUGCUGCCAGCACUUACAGUGUUGGUGAAAUGGAUGAAGAGAAAAUUGUACCCAUCAAUGAAGUUGAACAAUGCACAGUAUUGGCUACCUGCCCUGGUGUUAGUGAGGCUGCUGUAGGAUCUUCUGAUCCUCUUGCUCUUGAACCUGAUGCAAAAGGAACUACUAAGGGUAUUGAAUUUGCUACAGCAUCUGCUCUAAGUUCAGAUAAUAAAUACGAUGUUGAAGUAUCUUUAUCAACUCAAGAUACAGAACAUGACAUGGUAAUUUCCACUAGCCCCAGUGGUGGUAGUGAAGCUGACAUAGAGGGACCUUUGCCAGCUAAAGACAUUCAUCUUGAUUUAUCAUCCAACAACCUUGUUAGUGAGGAUGUAGAAGGACCAUUGCUUAUGAAAGAGAGCGAACAGACAAUAGCAGUUGCCCUUAGCGCUAAAGAAAGUAGUGAAGAUAAAGAAGUACUGAUUCCUAGUAAAGAGAUGUUGCCUGGUCUAGGAUUUUCUGCCAAUAUUGAGGAUAUUAAUGAAGCAGAUUUAGUGAGACCAUUACUUCCUAAGGACAUGGAACGUCUUACAAACCUCAGAGCUGGUAUUGAAGGACCUUUACUUGCAAGUGAAGUUGAACGUGACAAAUCUGCCACAAGUCCAGCUGUAAUUGGUAUACCAGAAAGAGCUUCAGAGUCGUCAUCAGAGGAAAAAGAUGAUUAUGAAAUUUUUGUAAAAGUUAAGGACACACAUGAAAAAAGCAAGAAAAAGAACCGUGACAAAGGUGAAAAAGAAAAGAAAAGAGAUUCUUCAUUAAGAUCUCGAAGUAAGCGUUCCAAGUCUUCUGAACACAAAUCACGCAAGCGUACCAGUGAAUCUCGUUCUAGGGCAAGGAAGAGGUCAUCUAAGUCUAAGUCGCAUCGUUCCCAAACACGUUCUCGGUCACGUUCAAGACGCAGAAGGAGAAGCAGCAGGUCAAGGUCAAAGUCUAGAGGAAGGCGAUCUGUAUCAAAAGAAAAGCGCAAAAGAUCUCCAAAGCACAGAUCCAAAUCCAGGGAAAGGAAAAGAAAAAGAUCCAGUUCUAGGGAUAACCGGAAAACAGUUAGAGCUCGAAGUCGCACCCCAAGUCGUCGAAGUCGGAGUCACACUCCGAGCCGCAGGAGACGGUCUAGAUCUGUGGGGAGAAGAAGGAGCUUUAGCAUUUCUCCAAGCCGGAGGAGCCGUACCCCAAGCCGGAGGAGCCGCACCCCAAGCAGGAGGAGCCGCACCCCAAGCCGGAGGAGCCGCACCCCAAGCCGGAGGAGCCGUACCCCAAGCCGGCGGAGUCGCACACCAAGCAGGCGGAGAAGGUCAAGAUCUGUGGUAAGAAGACGAAGCUUUAGUAUAUCACCAGUCAGAUUAAGGCGGUCACGAACACCCUUAAGAAGAAGGUUUAGCAGAUCUCCCAUCCGUCGUAAACGAUCCAGGUCUUCUGAAAGAGGCAGAUCACCUAAACGUUUGACAGAUUUGGAUAAGGCUCAAUUACUUGAAAUAGCCAAAGCUAAUGCAGCUGCCAUGUGUGCUAAGGCUGGUGUUCCUUUACCGCCAAACCUAAAGCCUGCACCUCCACCUUCAAUAGAAGAGAAAGUUGCUAAAAAGUCAGGAGGAGCUACUAUAGAAGAGCUAACAGAGAAAUGCAAACAGAUCGCACAAAGUAAAGAAGAUGAUGAUGUAAUAGUGAAUAAACCACAUGUUUCGGAUGAAGAGGAAGAAGAGCCUCCUUUCUAUCAUCAUCCCUUUAAACUCAGUGAACCCAAACCCAUUUUUUUCAAUCUGAAUGUGACAGCAGCAAAGCCAACUCCACCAAAAAGCCAGGUAACAUUAACAAAAGAAUUUCCUGUAUCAUCUGGAUCUCAACACCGAAAAAAAGAAGCAGACAGUGUUUAUGGAGAGUGGGUUCCCGUAGAGAAAAAUGGUGAAGAAAACAAAGAUGAUGAUGAUAAUGUUUUCAGCAGCACUUUGCCAUCUGAGCCUGUGGACAUCUCUACAGCAAUGACUGAGCGAGCACUUGCUCAGAAAAGACUCAGUGAGAAUGCAUUUGAUCUUGAAGCUAUGAGCAUGUUAAAUCGAGCUCAGGAACGGAUUGAUGCUUGGGCUCAGUUAAACUCUAUUCCUGGCCAAUUCACAGGAAGUACAGGAGUACAGGUUCUGACACAAGAACAGUUGGCCAAUACUGGUGCCCAAGCUUGGAUUAAAAAGGAUCAGUUCUUAAGAGCAGCCCCAGUAACUGGAGGAAUGGGAGCCGUUUUGAUGAGAAAAAUGGGCUGGAGAGAAGGAGAAGGAUUAGGAAAAAACAAAGAAGGAAAUAAGGAACCUAUUCUAGUUGAUUUUAAGACAGAUCGAAAAGGUCUUGUUGCAGUGGGAGAAAGAGCACAAAAGAGAUCUGGGAACUUCUCUGCUGCAAUGAAGGAUCUGUCAGGCAAACAUCCUGUGUCUGCCUUGAUGGAAAUCUGUAAUAAGAGAAGGUGGCAACCACCUGAAUUUCUCUUGGUCCAUGAUAGUGGCCCUGAUCAUCGCAAACAUUUUCUAUUUAGGGUAUUGAGAAAUGGAAGCCCUUACCAGCCCAAUUGUAUGUUUUUCUUGAAUAGGUAUUGA